AAUUCUUUUUUGACAGAAAGAACAAGGAGGGCCAUUUUCAUCUUCAACUUUGGUCUUACUAACUUUCAAUAUAUAAUAUAUAUGUUAUCUGUAGAUUUAAUUUCUCCGACAAUGGCCAGGGGGGAAACACACUGUACAAGCAAUCGCAAUUUACAAUGACAGUGACUACCGUUAAAUAAUUUCCUUCCAUUUCCCAUCUGCCCUUCACAUCUUCUACACCAUCAAAGACAUCUUUCCGCCGUACCAAACAGGACAAAAGAAAAAUAUCUUAUUCAAAAACAAAACCCUCACUAACACAUCAUUUUCAUUUAAACCAAAUCACACUCUCUUUGAGUCUUUUUUACACUAUAUUCUUAUUAUACAAACAGAUUCGCUUUGUAAUGAAAUCAAAAACACAUAACGGAAACGGUUACGCUACCGAGAAUGGCGGAUGUGGUGGUGGAAGUAGUAGCUCACCAAGUCCACCGCGGUCUCCGCCUCGUCAUUCCGCCGGAGUUUUGCAUUUAAGGAAGAAAUUACGGCGGACGAAGUCACUGUCGGCAGGUAUUAUUACACGGCGGAGUCUCCGAUACUUUUUUCUUCUUCCGGUGGUUUACCUCUCUGGUCUUCUUAUGUGUGUUGGACCGUUUCCUUUCACAUUGUCUUCUCUCAUCGGUUACGCUCCUCUUCCUGGUUCUCGUUAUCGGAGUCAUGAGGUUUUUCAGAAGCUUUGGAAUGAAAUCGAUUCUGAUAAUUCCUCUUUCAUUGAGUUGUCUUCUGUGUGGAAAUACAAAAGGAAGUUAAGAGAGAAGAAGCCUUGUCCGAAUUUGACAUCUUUGCAUCACGAACAUUUUGUGUCCCCUGGCCUGAAUGGUUUUUUGAUUGUCGAGGCCAAUGGUGGUCUUAACCAACAACGCUCUGCGAUUUGCAAUGCUGUUGCUGUUGCUGGACUCCUGAAUGCAAUAUUAGUUAUACCUCAUUUUGAAUUUCACAACGUGUGGAAAGAUCCAAGUGAAUUCGGGGAUAUAUAUGACGAAGAUCAUUUUAUAUCCACACUUGAUGGUUAUGUGAAGGUGGUUAAAGAACUUCCUGAGGCAAUAAUGGAGAGACAUAAUUACAAUAUGACUAAUAUAACAAACAUCAGAGUUGAAGCUUGGGCUCCAGUCAGUUAUUACCUGGGAGUUGUUAAUCCUAUCUUGCAAAAGGAAGGGGUUAUUCGAAUAGCUCCAUUUGCUAAUCGUUUGGCUAUGAGUGUCCCUCCACAUAUACAAUUUCUAAGGUGUCUUACUAAUUAUAAAGCAUUGAGGUUUUCUUCUUCAAUAUCAUCACUAGCUGAGAAUCUGGUUUACCGGAUGAGUGAGAAGAGCUUAAGGACAGAUGGAAAAUAUAUUGCUGUGCAUCUUCGCUUUGAGGAGGACAUGGUAGCAUUCUCCUGUUGUGUAUAUGAUGGAGGAAAGGCGGAGAAGUUGGAAAUGGAUACAGCUCGUGAAAAGGGGUGGAAAGGAAAAUUCAAAAGAAAAGGUCGUAUCAUUGUACCUGACAUCUAUCGAGUCACUGGAAAAUGUCCACUAACCCCUCUAGAGGUUGGGAUGAUGCUACGUGGCAUGGGAUUCAGUAACAAUACUUCAAUAUAUUUAGCUUCUGGGAAAAUAUAUCAUGCUGAAAAAUAUUUGGCUCCUUUAAUAAAAAUGUUUCCCAAUCUAUAUACUAAGGAAUCUCUUGCAACACCAGAUGAGCUUGCUCCUUUUAUGGGCUAUUCCUCCCAAUUAGCAGCCCUGGACUACACCGUAUGCUUGUUUAGUGAAGUUUUUGUUACAACUCAAGGUGGUAACUUCCCUCAUUUUCUAAUGGGUCAUAGAAGAUUCCUCUAUGGUGGGCAUGCCAAGACCAUUAUUCCUGACAAACGCAAACUUGUUGUUCUUUUCGAGAACACAAGUAUCAGUUGGAAUACCCUCAAGGAUCAGAUGGAUGACAUGCUCAGUGAAAGUGACCGCAAAGGAAUCAUGGUCCCUAGAGUUAGAAAAUUCAACCGAAAAACUUCUGUCUACACUUACCCUUUACCAGAAUGUAGGUGCCUACAGCAGUCUCUUGAAAAUAAAACAAUUGACCACAGUGUAGACAUUCCUGAUUAUUACAACAGAACAAAAGCUUAAUAUUAUUCCAACAUCUCUGCAUCAGAUUUAUAUUAUUUUCAACUCCAUGGCUUUGGUGUUUCAACUUCCAGUUUUUUGGAUUUUUGAAGUUGUUUCCUCUUGUGAGUUCUGAUAACACAAGUAGAGGUUUCAACUUUUGUGUGAUAGAUUGCUUCGACUGCUUGAAGGUUUUGUGUGCAUAUUACUUAAUUCACUUAGCGGGACAGUUUUCUAGCCUCCAGUGUGAAGUUUGGAGUGGGAACACUACAUCUACAUAGUUUCCAGGAAAGGAUAUAUCAGGAGCAGGACUUACAAAACACAGGAAUAUAUUUUAUUUUGCUUUCUGAUCAAUUUUUCAACUAGCAUUACUCUUCUUGGAUUCCGCUCUCCUAUUGGUUGAAAUUCAAAUGGAUUCCACUAAAUCUUGUAGUCUCCCACAUAAAAAACUAGUGAGACCCAUAUGAAUUUCAUUUAGUAAAAUAGUGUAUGUUGAAAAGUAGUGUGUUAAGUGUGCUGCUAGCACAAUUCUUUACAUUUUUUAGUCCUUGUGUAAAAUUCCUUAGGCUAGACAAAAAAGACUAGUCUAUGGAGUCAGCGAGUAUUCUUUGUUUUUCCCAGUUUUGGAUCAGUUGACUUAAUGGCUUUGUUUUUGGUCUCUUCCAGUUUCCACUAUUUCAAAAAUGUAAUAUCAUGUCUUCUUUAUA